GGCAGAGAAUCAGAGAAAAAGAGAGGCACUGCCUCUGAUGAUUCACCUGUGGUAUGCCCAUACAGCGGGGCCUGGGGACUGAAUAUUGCUAUCCUGGGACCUACCUUUCAAGAUCUGGCAAGCAAUGUGAACCGAAAUAUCAGCAGUCUUUCCCAAAUUUUUGUGGGCCGUGCCUUUGGAUAUCUGAGUGGUUCUGUCAUUGGUGGAAUACUCUUUGAUCAUAUAAAUCAUUUUUUACUUUUGGGGGUGUCCAUGUUGGCUACCACCGUUGGGCUGUACCUCAUCCCUUUCUGCAGGAGAGCUGUGUUGCUGAUUGUCGUGAUGUCCAUCUUCGGUGUUACUUUUGGGAUUUUGGAUACAGGUGGUAAUGUGCUUAUCUUGGCUCUGUGGGGCGACAAAGGAGCCCCACACAUGCAGGCCUUGCACUUCAGCUUUGCCUUGGGCGCCUUUCUGGCUCCCCUGCUAGCUAAGUUGGCCCUGGGUCCGACAGCAUCUGCUGGAAACUACACGGAGCCGGAGCUUCAUCUCCCCACCCUCAACCAGUCAUCUGAAGUGGACUCAGGCCCUCUCUUUGGAGUCCCUGAAAACUUGAAUUUACUGUGGGCUUAUGCUGUCAUUGGGGCUUAUGUUUUUGUAGUUUCUUUCUUUCUGUUUGCUCUGUUUUUCAAGAAAAGUUCAAGAUGGGAAAAAGCAAAAAUGUCUACGAGGACGUCUAAAAAGGCGACAUACCACCACAGCCUCCUUUGCCUCCUGUUUGUGUUCUUCUUUUUUUACGUUGGCGCCGAGGUCACGUACGGCUCUUAUGUGUUCUCAUUUGCAACCACCCACGUGGGCAUGGAAGAGAGUGAGGCAGCCGGCUUGAACUCCAUCUUCUGGGGCACCUUUGCGGCCUGCAGGGGCCUGGCCAUCUUCUUUGCGACGUGUUUGCGGCCAGGGACCAUGAUUGUGCUGAGCAACAUUGGCAGCCUGGCCUCGUCUUUGUUCCUGGUGCUUUUUGACAAGAGCCCGAUUAGCCUGUGGGUGGCGACCUCGGUGUAUGGGGCAUCGAUGGCAACCACGUUUCCCAGCGGUGUUUCCUGGAUUGAGCAGUACACGACCAUCCAUGGGAAAUCGGCAGCAUUCUUUGUAGUUGGUGGUACGUUGGGAGAAAUGGCUAUUCCGGCGGUAGUUGGGUUUCUUCAAGGUCAAUAUCCUGAUUUGCCUAUUAUUCUGUACACGUGUUUUGGGUCAGCAAUAUUCACUGCUGUUUUAUUUCCUGUGAUGUACAAAUUAGCCACCUGGCCUCUUGCUCGCCAGCGCAAGGAGCACAGAAAGAGUGAGGACCAGCGAGUUUACUCUUUACUUGUGGCGGAAUAUGAGGAUGCAAAUGAAGAUGAAGACACAGAAAAAUGGAAUGAGAUGGAUUUUGAAGUGGUAAUAGAGGCAUCUAGGAAUUCUGUAAUGGAGCCGGCAUUAGAGGUCUCCAGCCAGUUUCUUGCAGACUCAUGGGUGCCGGAGGCCUCUCCACUUAAGACUGGCAGUUCAUCUAUGGAGCACCUUGCUGGAAACCAGAGUGGAAGGGCCUGCCCCUGAGAGCAGGUGUAUCCUGUGCUGACAUCCUUGGCAGUCACCGCUGGGAAGGGCCUGGCAGGGGUGAGCCUGCACAGGUGGGCAGCCUGCUUCUGGCAUGUGCUUUUCCAGGUCCCCUCCUAACAGCUGAUGCCACCAAGUGUUGACCUGUUUGCUGCUCCCAGAUGCCUUUCUAAGCAGCCCCGUGGUCUCACAUGGGAGCAUCUUGUUAGGAAG